AUGCUACUGGCAAAGGCCAGAUAUGGAAGUGUAGACAAGAAUUCCGCUGGACACACACUUAGAUUCUUUGGAAGAGUAAUGGACAAGAGAAAGAUUAAAUCCCUUCACUUUUUGGAGUAUGGUAGAUCAAAGAACAUUAUCAAGUCCAAGGUAUCACAAUUCAACAUUGAUAUGAUUCUAAUCAAUCCCUACAAUAACAAGAAGAAGAAAUUAUGUGCAUACCUUUCACAGAAUUUGAAAGCAACCAAGGUAGUCCCUGUAAACUUCUUUGUGCCAUCGGAUGACUCUCUUGUCCCAAAACCAAUAGACAAUAAGGCCCCACUUCCAUUGAGCAAGGGUCCAUUGUCAUCAUCCUAUGCCCAUGGCGACAUCAGAAUGCCAGUGGGAACUGGAAUCCCAUUGACUGCAUCCAAAUCAGCCUACUCUAUCCCCGACCAACAGAUGCAAGCUGACACAUCAUCAUCAACCAGACAGACAAUCCAUGAGGCUCCACCAGGAGUCAUGCUAGCAAGAGAGUAUGGAGGUGAGGGAAGCAGCACCAGUCAUCCAAACAUUGAAGAGGACUAUAACUACAGAAUGACAUAUCCUCGAAGAAAGUCACAUACUACCGAGGACAACAUUGAUCUAAAGACAUUACCAUCAACAACAACAACAACAACAUCAUCAUCAUCAUUGGCCCGUAGUACACAGGGGGAACUGAUCAGCAGGCAAGCACCAUCAACCAAGCCAGUGCUAAAGGCAGAGUUCCAGUCUCCAAAUGUGAUGAGAACAGGAAGACGAGUGACCAAUGUUUCCUUUGCAUCGCCUCCAAUAAUCUCUAGUAACAGCUAG